AUGGUAGGGCCCGUGGCCGCUGGGCCUCUGGCCGCCGCCAUGUUGGAGGCUCGGGCAGGGAGUCAUGGCGGCCCGCGGCCGGGUGUCGGUCAGAGCACCGCCGGCGCCGCCGGGCAGAUGCUGGAGGUGCGGCCGGGGCUGUUCCUGGGGGGCGCCGCAGCUGUGGCGGAGCCGGGCCGCCUGAGGGAGGCGGGCAUCACGGCCGUGCUGACGGUGGACUCGGAGGAGCCCGACUUCAAGUCGGGCGCUGGGCUCGAGGGUCUACGGAGCCUCUUUGUGCAGGCGCUGGACAAGCCCGAAACUGACCUGCUCAGCCAUCUGGACCGGUGCGUGGCCUUCAUCGGGCAGGCCCGCGACGAGGGCCGCGCCGUGUUGGUGCACUGUCAUGCAGGAGUCAGUCGAAGCGUGGCUGUAGUGACUGCUUUUGUGAUGAAGACUGACCAACUUUCCUUUGAAAACGCCUAUGAAAAUCUCCAGACCAUCAAACCGGAGGCCAAGAUGAAUGAGGGAUUUGAGUGGCAACUGAAAUUAUACCAGGCCAUGGGGUAUGAAGUGGAUACUUCAAGUGCAGUGUAUAAGCAGUAUCGUUUACAGAAGGUUACAGAAAAGUAUCCAGAAUUACAGAACUUACCGCGAGAACUCUUUGCUGUUGACCCAACCACCAUUUCACAAGGAUUGAAAGAUGAGGUUCUCUACAAAUGUAGAAAGUGCAGGCGAUCUUUAUUUCGAAGUUCUAGCAUCUUGGAUCAUAAUGAAGGAGGUGGUCCGAUAGCCUUUGCGCACAAGAGAGUGACGCCGUCUUCGAUGCUCAUGACCGGGACUCGGGCCCAGUGCACAUCCUACUUCAUUGAACCCGUGCAGUGGAUGGAAUCCGCGUUGUUGGGCGUGAUGGAUGGACAGCUUCUUUGCCCCAAAUGCAAUGCCAAGUUGGGUUCUUUCAACUGGUACGGUGAGCAGUGCUCCUGUGGGAGAUGGAUAACACCUGCCUUCCAAGUUCACAAGAACAGAGUGGAUGAAAUGAAGAUGCUGCCCGUUUUGGGGUCACAAGCAAGAAAAGUAUGAACUUGUGACAUUUUUGAGAGCUUGGAGAGACACUUGUCUUUCCUGGUAGAUUGUCUAGUUUUGAGACCUUCAGCCCUUCAUUUAAUGGGACUUGGAAGCUGUGCUCUGCUAGUGUCUUUACUAUUUAAGUAGAAUACUAUAUAUGGAAAUCAAAACUUGGAAUCAUGUAAAUUACACUUUAUUUGAUAAUAAAAUUUUAUAUAGCCCAGA